GUUGGCAACGCCGUUCCACCAACCAGCUGUUGAUUGAUAGGGAAAAUUAAGUGAACGAGAUAAAUCGCUGAUUAAGCGGAAUUUAAUUUACAUAUUGGACCAAAAUGGAUAGCAGCGACACUUACCUGCACAGCGCCUACCGAGUCUCGAUAAUUCCAACUGAUCUACAUCACGAAGAAACAAUAAUCAGAGCAGCACAGUCGCUCGACUGUCUAAACAAAACAAUCAACUCAAUUUUUGGCCGCAUCGAUGCUCGUUUGGAAAGAAAUGGUGCCAAGGUUCAGCAUAUAAAUGAGCGUGUCAUGCGUGCGCAGGCGAAAAUAAACGCGCUCGUUGGUUCGAAGAAAUCAAUCAAAAUCUUUGCACCAGCUCGAUUUCCCGCCAGCGCAGUUUUAGGCAAAAUCCCGGCCACAUUUCCGCCAGUGGCGCAAGACCUAAUGGAUUUCCCAAGUUCGUCAGCGACAACGACACCUAAUCAACCACAGCCACGGCGACUGCAGGGACAUAACAACGAUCCUGAUGCUGAACAAGAGGCAUCGGGAACUCUUGAUUCCGUCAGCUUCCACGUGCGUGGCGAGAAUCAGCUUGUCAUGCCGCUGCUUGCCGAGCGUCAACUCACGAAUCGCACAGCCGGCUUGGGCUCUUUACCCGCGGCGGUAAAGUCAAUGCCCGCGCUAAUGCGCUUCAAUUCCAACGAAUUUGCAUAUACUGGCGGUAGAAGUGGCCAGCAAGAUCUCAAUGCCUGGAAGCGCACUUUGCCUCCUCAAAGCCACAAGCGAGCUAUCCAUAAACCGCCCAGAUCUGCAGAGACAGAGCUGUUGGCGCCAGCGCCACAUUCGCUUGCCCAUGGCACCACCAAGCUUGCGACACCAGCUGGAGAUUUGCGCUACACACCGGCUGCUUUGGCAGCACCUGCCAUCGAUGUGCCGCUUGAUUUGCCUGAUUUGCCGGGCAUUGCUAAUGACCUGCAAUACGAGCCGGUGGCAGAGCAAACGCCAAUUGCGCCCUCCCAUCAAUUUGCUGACGUGCCAGACGACUUGCCUGAUUUACUUGGACUAGAGGAGCCCAUGUUCAAUGCGGAGAAGACGACGGACUUUACUGUGCAAGCACUGACGGCUCAGACGAAUAUGCCUAGGAAAGUGCCGCAACUGCAGCCGCCAAGAGCAUUGGUAGAAGCUCCUCCUCCUCCUCCACCUCCACCUCCGCCGCCACCACCACCGCCUCCUCCGCCACCGCCUGCAACAUUAAAAUUGCCUAACGACAAUGUGAUAAAACCAUUGUCACCAUCAAUUGAGACACCACUUAACAUACCCGAAUCUCGUGCUCCGCCUGCUCCGGAUCCACGUUCUGAACUUAUGGCUGCCAUACGUAAUGCUGGCGGUGCUCAUGGUGGUCGCCUACGUUCACCAGCAGCGGCGCCCGUCAAUGUUGAUGCAGUGGAUGCCCACAGCACAAAUGAUGCAGCACGAUCUCGGGCAGGCGGACAGUUGUCUGGUGGGGAUCUUAUGGCAGAUCUGCAUAAUAAGCUUAUGCUUCGGCGCAAAGGCAUCUCCGGAAGUCAGAAUCCUGCGGAACAGUCGGGCAAUCCAUUGAUGCGUCAUUUGUCCAGGUUGAUUGAGGCGCCUGUGAAGAAGAAGGGCAAGGGUUCGGUGUCUAGCGAUGAGGGUAAUUCAGAGGAGGACGAUGCUUGGGAAUAGUAUAUGGGAAAGAAAUUAAUUGCGACUAAAUUAGUUCCAGCUUUGUAUGUGCCUUGCUUUAAGCAUUAGUGUAAAUUAUUAAAAUAUAUUAGGCAGAUCGAGCAUUA